CGUCGCCUGGUCGUCUGUUCAUCACCCAUCAUCACUCUCCUCCCAGAUCCCACCGCGCGUCUCCCGCUGCGACACGCGCACGCGCCUCACCUCGUCGCGUCCGUCAACGGUCAACCCACCAUCGCCCAUGGGAAGAGGGCACGAGCAGGAGGCCGACGCCGGCAAGGCCGGGGGCUACUCCUCCUCCGGCCUCCCGCCGUCGGAGCCGCCGCACCUGCAGGGCCAGCCCCCGCAGCAGUACGGGUACGGCACGUUCCAGGGCUCCCGCGCCGGCUCGGGCGAGUUCCGGCAGCCGCCCGUCGGGUUCCCGCAGCCCGCCCCGCCGCCCGGAUUCGGCGGCGGCGGCGGCGGCGGCGGCUAUCACAACCAGCAGCAGCCGUACGCGCCCGCGGAACCGUACUACGCGGAGGGGUACCAGGCCGUGCCAGGCUAUGGUGAAGUUGUCGAAGGACGGCCUGUGAGAAUGCGGCGUCUCCCAUGUUGUGGCCUCGGCUUAGGCUGGUGCUUGUUCAUCACAGGGUUUUUCCUUGCCGCCAUUCCAUGGUAUGUUGGAGCUUUUAUUAUGAUAUGUGUGCGGGUACAUGACCACAGAGAGAAACCUGGAUACGUAGCCUGCACAAUUGCUGCUGCCAUUGCUGCAGUUGCCAUCCUCUUUGGGAUAACUAAAGGAACUCACGUAUGGUGAAUUGCCUCCAGAGUUUCGGCAAUGGCCAAAUGCAACCCAUCGAUUUAUUACUUGUUUAUGUUGUAUAUAUAUCUAUAUUAUAAAGUGUGAACAACAUCCAUGUACUCAUACAUUCAUGUGUAUUCUACUUGUAAUAAAAUUUUAAACGUACAAUCUGCUUCUCAUGAGAAGCAUUGGAUCAUAUUAUAAGAUACCUUGUGGAAAUCGACAA